CCUCUUGAGGUUCAUAAAUCUAUACUGAUUCUCCUGAAUUCAGUUGACUAGCAUCUAUCACUCUGACUUAUAGGAUUUUAGUUAGUUUGUUUUUCUGCAGAGAUUUGCAAGAAUUAAGAAUGGAAGACAGAAGAUUUCAGACCUUCAUGGUUCUCCAACUACUCUUACUCUCCUUGCAAGCUCACUUCUAUUCAGUCCAAGCACAAGCACACUCUUUCCUUGCAGAGGAAGCAUUUCUGAUAUUCGCAAACCGUGAUGACAGUACUGAAGGCAUUACUAUGACAAAUCUGGAUGGUACCAACAGUAAGAGACUCGUCACCAGCAUGACUGCAUCAGGGCUUGACUAUGACUUCAGAGAUAAGACCCUAUUCUGGUCAGACAUUGAGAGUGAAACAAUCUACAAGGCUGCUUUAAAUGGCUCUUCUCCAAAAGUCAUAGUCAAUGACACCAGUGACCCAGAAAACAUAGGCUGGGAUUGGAUCAACAAGAAGCUGUAUUGGACUGACGUGACUAGAGGCACACUGGAGGUGAUGGAUGUGGAGACAGGGUAUCGGAAAGUACUCAUCUCGAUGGGGAGAGAUGCACAGAUACGUGGACUACAACUGGACCCAAUAAAUAGGUGGAUGUAUUGGACAACAAUUGCCCCUAACGGAGGAGGCAUGAUUGCCAAGACAUCCAUGGACGGGGCAGGGACAAUGGUUCUCCACGACAGUAGUAUAGUGGAGUUUCCCAAUGGACUCACUCUAGAUGAGACCUCCAGCACUCUCUACUGGGUAGACGCUGGCUCAGACAAGAAGAAUAUCGUAGGGAAAUCACUCACAACUCUUAGCAGUCCAAAUAUGACUGUAUUUCGAUUCUCAACUCGACAAAUUCCCUUCCAUACAACGUACUAUAACGGAGGAUUGUACUUCACUGAGUGGAUAGGGCGUAGUGUUUCGAGACUAGACCUUGACUCCACUCCCAGUGUACAGGAGCUAGUCGACACCAAUGAUCGACUGGGGAUGAUUAGAGUGAUCGCUGCUUCCAAGCAACCAUCAUUUUUCAAUCCUUGUGCUGAUGCUGGAGUGCAAUGCAGCCAGUUGUGUCUAUUGAGUACCACGGACCCGAGAGGCUAUUCCUGUGCCUGUACUGACGGGGUGGAGCUAAAUGCAGACAGGCACACCUGUGGACCAGUUGCGGUAACUACUCCACCGACAGUACCCACUGUUCCGGUAGCUACAAGCGAUCCUAUAAUCGUUCCCAAUGGACUGUGUGGUACGACCAUUCAAUGUGAUAACGGUGGGACGUGUGUGGACACAACUCCUAACCAAUUCAUUUGCCGUUGUCGAGAAGGCUACUCUGGAACAUUCUGUGAGAUCUUACCUGCGACCGAAAAUCCUAGCUUUCCAGAUGACAACAUAGUUCUGAUCUAUGUGCUGAGCAUACUGGGCAUCAUGGCAUUCAUGAUCAUUGUCUCACUGGCUCUCGUUCUCUUUGCCUGUUGGAUGAUAAAAACUAGGAACAAGCAGAACCAUAAACAUCACGAGAAGUCGUCAAUGGAUGGACUGAGCAUGAGUAGUCGAGACUCCCACGCACACUUUGUCCUCGUUAAUGGUCGCAUGAGUGAGCACGACUACAUGAGCAUCAAGAGCCGUGGAAACAGCCCUGCCCCCUCAAGAAUCCUUAUCUGCAACGUUGGAGAGCAGGGCCCGGGAACUAUCCCUAACAAUUACAUUUACGAGCAGCCUUAUCUGGUUCCACUACCCACCAAUGGGAGUCAAACACUCGAUCACUUGUUCUCCACUCAGAGAACACCCCCUCCAGAGCCCAUCUAUAACACUGUCAAGUCUACCAAAACACAAACUCUCUAAAUAUAUUUCAUGUCUCAGUCAGUUUGUCAAUUUUUGGGGUCAUGAUGCGUACAUCUAAUGUACUGCUAAACAGUAGCAACAUGCAGUGGCCAUCUCUGAGCCCAAUUCAAUCAUCACCUUCUUAGGCCUAUUCCUGUCUGUAUAUGUAUAUUAUGUGUUCAGUCAUCUCUCACUGUGCUUCAUAAAUCACUAUCAUAUCAUCACCCUUUAUAUAUACCACGAAAAGUGCAAAAUAAAUUUAAUAUUAAUUUAUCGUUAUAGUGAAUAACAUGUUCUGCUUAAGUAUAGUUAUAGUGCCAACACUGUUUGCAUGCAUUAAGAUUAUAGGUUGAGUAUGGCUGAAUGCCAGGGCUGUUUUCAAAUAUCCUCUACCCUUGCAUGGCUACACAUCCUCUCACAAACCACAGCUAUAGACACACACACAUGGCUUGCAGCAGCAUCACCACACAUGUACUGAGUGCCUAUACCUACAUAGCUAUAGAGAGUGAGUUAGCAGAUAUGAAGCCUCCAUCAGUCAGUACCUGUGUUCUAGCCCUGGUGCUGCUCAGUGCUUCAGGAGCUUAUUGCCAGAAUACAAACGGGAUACCUAGAUCUAACCAGACCCCAGAACAGAGUCAACUAGGAGUUAUCAUCAUAGCUUCUGUCAGUUCUGGACUGUUGGUGGCUGCCUACAUUUGCGUCUGUUGCCUAGGAUGCUACGAUGAAUGUGCACAUGGAACAUCUUCACCAAAACCAGUCAAACCCAGAGACACCAGGUACAGAGAAAAAAAUCAACAAACUUCAGCAGUUUAACUUUAAAGCUUUAUAUUUUUAACAUUUUGCAAAAAAAAAUAUAAAAUAGUAACAGUUUUGAAAUAAUAA